GGACGAGGACGAGGACGAGAAGCAGGAGCCGAAGGGCAGCGGGAGGCAAAGAGCCCCGAGCGGAGGCAAGUUUGGGACUGGCAUUGGCAGUGGAUACAUGCUGAUAUCACAAUGGAAGAGAGGAAGAACUUUUCAUCUGUUAACUUACUGACUGAAUAUCCCCCAAUCAAGGAAGCUGGCAAAAAUGAUCAAAGCGACAGCGCACAAACAAGUGGAGCAAACCAAGGAGCUAUGCAGCUGAAAAAAGAAAUCUCUCUUCUUAAUGGGAUCUGCCUAAUAGUAGGAAACAUGAUUGGUUCAGGUAUCUUUGUUUCCCCUAAAGGAGUACUUAACUACAGCACAUCCUAUGGAUUGUCGCUAGUAAUUUGGGCAAUUGGGGGGAUUUUUUCCGUGUUUGGAGCGCUUUGCUAUGCUGAACUUGGGACCACUAUCACUAAGUCAGGAGCCAGCUAUGCAUAUAUCCUGGAGGCCUUUGGAAGCUUCAUUGCCUUUAUACGUCUGUGGACUUCACUGUUGAUCAUUGAGCCGACCAGUCAGGCUAUUAUUGCAAUAACUUUUGCCAACUACAUAGUGCAACCUGUCUUCCCUACCUGCCAACCUCCUUAUGUCGCUUGUCGUCUGAUUGCAGCUGCUUGUAUAUGUCUUCUAACGUUUAUAAAUUGUGCCUAUGUUAAAUGGGGAACAAGGGUGCAGGAUGCAUUCACCUAUGCCAAAGUCAUGGCUCUUAUUGUCAUCAUCGUAGCAGGAAUUGUUAAACUAUGCCAGGGACACGCAGAACACUUCCAGGACUCUUUCGAGGGAUCAUCUUGGAACCUUGGGGGCAUUUCUCUUGCACUUUACUCUGCCUUGUUCUCAUACUCAGGUUGGGAUACCCUCAAUUUUGUAACUGAAGAAAUAAAAAACCCAGAGAGGAACCUUCCUCUGGCUAUUGCUGUUUCUAUGCCAAUUGUGACAGUCAUCUACAUCUUGACUAAUAUAGCUUACUAUACAGUGCUGGAUAUUAAUGCUGUACUCUCCAGUGAUGCGGUGGCAGUGACAUUUGCUGAUCAAGUGUUUGGCAUUUUCAGCUGGACAAUUCCAAUUGCAGUUGCCUUGUCUUGUUUCGGAGGACUCAAUGCUUCUAUUUUAGCAUCAUCUAGGCUGUUCUUUGUAGGAUCCCGGGAGGGUCACCUGCCUGACCUCUUGUCAAUGAUCCAUAUAGGAAGAUUUACACCAGUUCCAGCACUCCUCUUCAAUUGUACUAUGUCCCUCAUAUACUUGACCGUAGAAGAUGUCUUCCAGCUUAUUAACUACUUCAGCUUCAGCUAUUGGUUCUUUGUGGGGCUAUCAAUUGCUGGGCAACUCUACCUCCGUUGGAAGCAACCAGAUCGGCAUAGGCCGCUUAAGUUGAGCCUGUUUUUCCCAAUAGUCUUCUGUAUAUGCUCAAUUUUUCUGGUGGUUGUGCCACUCUAUAGCGACACCAUUAAUUCCCUGAUUGGCAUUGGUAUUGCGCUCUCUGGGAUUCCAGUCUACUUCAUGGGAGUUUCCUUGCCUGUUUCCAAAAGGCCAUCCAUUGUCAGCAAAGUUUUAGGUGAUGUCACUCGAGCCACACAACUACUUUGUUACUGUGUUCUGACAGAAAUGGAUACUUUUGAAGAAAAACCGGAAAUCAAGUCUAAAUAAACAUGCAAAAAUGACUAGAAAGCUAAACUGUCUGUCAAGAGAUGGUGUCGGACAGAAAGCAUCACUGGAGACUGAAAUUCUUACUAAACCAGGAUUCUUGCCAGAUCAUACUGUGUCAUGAUCUAUGGAUUGUGGGGGUUCGUCUUCUCCAAAGGCCAGUCUUCUCAGGCUUAGCUAAUCAGAAUUCUCAUCCAAAAACAUUUCUUAGCAAUGAAACUGAGGUCAGAUAUCAAAUUAAGUUGACAUCCGAGAACUAGGCAGCAUGGAAACAGACUUUUAUUUCAAUCCCCAGCUACUAGAGUUUAAAAGACACCAACAGUCUUUCCACCUAUCAACAAUUCAGUCAUUUGUGCACAAGGUAGACCUAUGUCAACUGAUACUCAUGAUAAACAAU